ACUUACACGCAGCUCCUCUGCUCUGCCUCCCAAUACCCACCAACACGCCACACAACACAAAUAUCUCCGUCCUUGUCCCCCAUCUCUCUCGCCCGCCGCCGCCGGUUGAAUCGACGGAGGGAGGCGUUGAUGGAUUGCUCGAUUCCUGGCAGGUGGGUUGGGUAGGUGCGGGAUCCAGCGAGCGGAGGAUGGGCGAGGAGGCGGUGGACGACUACGAGCUCCACAUGGUGUGCUACGGCAGCGACGAGGACGAGCGCGUGAUGGAGUGGGAGUCGGGGCUCCCUGGCGCCGACGAGCUGACCCCGCUCUCGCAGCCGCUGGUGCCGCCGGGGCUGGCCGCGGCGUUCCGCAUCCCGCCGGAGCCCGGGCGCACCCUGCUGGACCUGCACCGAGCGUCCGAAGCCACGGUGGCGCGGCUGCGGCGCGCGCCGCCGUCGUCGCCGGGCACCUCCUCCUCCCCCCACGGCCACCAGGAGGCGAGGGGGGGCGAAGGGGCGGACUCGGCGGCGGCGACUACCACGAACAGCAACAGACGGCCCCGGCUGGUUUGGACGCCGCAGCUGCACAAGCGGUUCGUGGACGUGGUGGCGCACCUGGGGAUCAAGAAGGCGGUGCCCAAGACCAUCAUGGAGCUGAUGAACGUGGAAGGUCUGACGCGGGAGAACGUGGCCAGCCACCUGCAGAAGUACCGGUUGUACGUGAAGCGGAUGCGGGGGCAGGGUCCGUCCCCGUCCGACCACAUCUUCGCACCCACACCGGUGCACGGCGUCGCCGUCGGCAUGGUGCCCAUGGUCAGCGGCCAGGCGUACCACUACCUGUACAACGGAGGAGGGGGAGGAGACAGAUGACACCCGCUUCGGCGACGACUCCAGAAUCUAGUUUCCUCUUGGGGAAGACCGGAAGACAAAUCCAAAACGGAACAAGCGAUUGCCUGCCUCACUCUAUACUCUACUCCCUCCAAAUUAUCCAAAGCUUCUACUGUACUCCGUCCGUCCCGUUCCAAGGUAUUCGGUAUUUUUAAAGCCAAAGCUUUUGUUCAAGUUUAUUAGAGAAUAAAUUUCGAAGCUUUUGGUGAAGGGGAAAGUAAUGAGUUUUUAGUCCCAUACAGAAAAUUGAAGAGAAAUAAAAUUAACUUAAAUA